UCCCUCCCCACUUUCUUUAUAUAAAGCCCCUGCCUCAUUCCCUCGUCUCUCACUCCAGUUCACUUCAACUCCUUCACACAGAGACAGAGAGAAUGGCGAGGAAGACGUGGCGUGCGGUGCUUGUCGUCGUUGCUCUUGCCCUGGCCGCGAACCUGGCCGCCGCUGCCAGGACCGCGCCCAGCGGCGGCACCGGGCUUGGCGACCAGAAGAACUUCUUGACCUACGGAGGCGUCGGCGGCUUCGCAGGUCUCGGAGGCCUCGGAGGCGGGAUCCCCGUGUUCGGCGGGAUGGGAGGGAUCGGAGGGAUGAGCGAUCCCGGUGGCGCUGCUGGCGGAGUUGGGACGGGCAUCGGCGGCGUAGGAGCUGGCGCUGGGGGCGGAGCUGGCGGAGGAUCCGGCGGUCUUCCUCUGCCUUGAUUGGCUUCAUGAAGUCUGCUCCUCGCUUUUACGAGUCCGUUUGUUCUGUUGAAUGUAGUGGUGGUGAGUCGUGUGUCUUACGCGCCCGCGCGUUUCAGUUAGUCCUCUAUUUGUGUCUCUCUCUAGUCCUGUCGUUUUGGUGUCAGCCAGUUCAGUUGUUCCACGUGUUUUCUGUCGUUUCAAAUCGAAAGCUUGUUCGGAUUAGAAUAUUAUGAAGUGAAAAUUUUAAUUAAAGCCCCGAGUCAUUUUUU